AGUCCGGCAGCGCCAACUGGACUUGCCCUCUUCUCGGGCCUUCGUUUUACGAAAACAGGCAAAGAUGGGUCGUCGCCCCGCCCGCUGCUACCGGCAGUCUAAGGGUAAGCCCUACCCGAAGUCUCGCUUCUGCCGUGGUGUGCCCGACCCCAAGAUCCGCAUUUACGAUGCGGGUAUGAAGAGGGCCGAUGUGGACACCUUCCCCUGCUGCGUCCACCUGGCCAGUUGGGAGAAGGAGAACGUGACCAGUGAGGCGCUGGAGGCUGCCCGUGUGGCGGCUAACAAGUACAUGGUGAAGAACGCCGGAAAGGAGGCGUUCCACCUGCGCGUGCGCGUGCACCCCUUCCACGUGCUGCGCAUCAACAAGAUGCUUUCGUGCGCAGGCGCUGAUCGCCUGCAGACCGGUAUGCGUGGUGCUUUCGGCAAGCCCAACGGCGUCUGCGCUCGUGUGCAGAUCGGCCAGGUGCUGAUGAGCAUCCGCUGCCGUGACAACCACGGUGCCGUGGCCGAGGAGGCCCUGCGCCGCGCCAAGUUCAAGUUCCCCGGCCGGCAGAAGAUCAUCCGGUCCAACAACUGGGGCUUCACCAACCUGUCCCGCAAGGACUUCAAGAUCUUCCGCGAGGAGGGCCGCCUGAUCAACGACGGCUCGCACGUCAAGGUCAUCACCAACAAGGGCCCCCUGGCCGAGCGCGAGCCCGACCACAUCUUCGACUACCCCGCCUUCAAGCACCACACACCCCUGCACAAGGACGAGUAAACAGCUGGCGCUAGCAGCGUCGGUUGCGGAGGGCGGCAGCAGCAUCGGGCGGCGCGCCGCAGCGUGCGCGGCGUGAGCUGUGCAGGCGCGUGGCGUGGCGUCGUUGCGGGGCCGCUCCGCCUGCACCCGUUCUGUGCUCGUGUGCGUAGUGUGCGGCUAGGCAAGGAGGCUGUUGGUUGGCGUGAAGUGACAGGCCCGGCUGCGUGUCUUUUGCGGGGGCGGUCUGCUGCCGUUGCAGAGGCGCUUAGUGUCGGCCGUGGGCUGGCCCCAGGCCACGACUGAACUGUCGGGCGUGGUAGGGUCGCUGCUGUGUUCCGCGCAUGUUCCCCUGGUGGUGCAUGUUGGGGCUCAUGGCGGCAUACCCCACCGCGAGUCCAACGUUGGGUGGGGAAGAGCCCCGGACUCGCCUUGUAACAAGGCGCGGGA